GUCCCUUUGUCUCUUCCUAAAGAGCUACUUGAGCGAUUUGAAGCCAACGUUAACCAGUCUGGUUCCAACAACGUUCAUCGAUUCGUGCUACUGAAUCAGCGUGGACAACCUCGUUGAAUUUAGCCCAGCUCAACUCCGACGGCCAGCUUACUAGCACUGCCCCCGAGGCACCCCUUAGUCCCUGGCAUUGACUUUCGGCGAUAUCGUGUGGGACUCACACGAGGCAAAGGCGUGUAGGCAAGUAAUUUCCAGAGCUUCGCACAGCUGCCGAACUCAACCGAAACCAAAUUUCUGGCAGUGUAGGCCACACAGAGUUGCGAAGUGUUCAAAGCGGAUCCAUCCAUCCCUUUUCAAGUUUCUGGUGACACACGAGGCUCCGUUCACUCCGUAGAGCAUACACUCAUGACAUCCUCGUCGUCACACAAUGAGGUUCAGCUCUCAAGAGAGUUCCUCCUCACCCUCCUCGGCGAACUCUCCUUACUCGUCUUACAAGAGUUCGGUUGCCAAAUCCGCCUAUUCAUCCAUGGUGGCGCAGUGAUGAUUCUACACCCAAACCUCUCCACAAACAGUUGUCGACGAACUACGAGAGAUAUUGACUAUAUACGCCGGGCAUUCGGGCAUGAGUGGCGGAAGCGAGGAGUCUAUGACGCUGAAGAGCGCUUACAGCGUUGUAUUAACGCUGUUGCCAUCAAGUUUCGCAUUGGCACCGACUGGAUGAAUGCAGACCCUGACAUUGCCCUCCCAUUCGCCCACAACACACAAGGGCAGUUAUAUGACCCCAUCUACCACGACUCCAAGCAGGCGAACAACAUUGAUAUGAACACCGUCUACAACUCGCCAGGUCUCGUUGUCAUUAGCGUUACCAUGUUUUGGGGUGUUGCUCUCAAGCUCGUACGCUACAAGAAAGAAGAUCCUACUGAUAUUGUAGCCAUGUUGCGUCACGGCACGAAACUUAAUGGUGUCCAGUGGACGCCCCACAUCAUGGAGACGUGGAUCAAGACCCUAUGCUGGCCCAUGGGCUACAACACCUACAAACCCCAGCAAGCGCAGGAACUACGAAACCGUAUCCACGACGCGGUGUACCAUCUGCAAAAGUUAUCUGACACUUUGCCAGAGGAGUCAUCCCACAUGGCGCUGACCCAAUCAGCCGCGCAGUCGCCUCCUGUGGCAUCAACCACAUGCUCUCCUGCUGCACUCUCCUCGUUGCAUACGAUGUCAAGCAGCUUAGCCCCACACUCGUUCUCACAGCCGGCGUCGGCGUCCUCGUUGCAUUCUCUUUACAUGUCGUCCCACAGCGUUUCGCCUCCCGCAUUUAUGGGGGAGCGUACGCGCCGGUCAUCGACGACCUCUGCACGGCAUCAGACCUUUUCACCCAUGCCAUUGACAUUUUCCUCAUCACAAUCAUCGCAUACCAUCUCUCACCUGACCUCGCAUUCUCACCCGCCCUCGCAUCUUCACCCCUCCUCACAUUCUCAUUCAACCUCACAUUCUCACCUGCCCUCGCACUCGCAGAGCUCUUUCCGUAUGCCGGAGCCCUGGGUCACGCCAUUGCCAUUGCUUUUUCAGCCCAUGCCAUCUACCGCUUUCUAAAUGGACCAGCAUAAGUACCUAGACUGCAAACGGAACCCGGAUCUGUGUCCGAUGUACUAAGUACCGCACAAGUCAUAUCUGCAUUUUAUUAGUUCCAUACGUCAUCCUUUAAGUUCGAAACGCUUCCUUGUCCAAAACUUCGUUCUUCCAUAUUGCUAUCUAUACGUCCAUAUGUUUGAAGUUAACUGAUAUGUACGAUAUUGUAUUCUACCCUGUAGGCUGUAGCUAAGGUAGCUUAGAUAGCUUCAAAAUCGGUCGUUGACGACGUACGUUCAGCUAGAUUAGUACCUGGAUCACGAAGAGUGCGUUAAUAUGUUUUCGAAUUUAUGUAGGAACACUUUGCUAUGUAACACUUUGUCUCGAAAA